UUUUUUCUUUGAUGGUUCUUUUGUUUGGUGAUAGUUUCAUGGAGAGCUAGAUUCUGUAUCUGGGGCCCCAAGUUACUUCUGUGCGAUGAUGAGACACUAUUUCCCUGAGGUUUCAACAGGCCUUGCGGUAGGACUGCAUUAUGAUAAGCGCCAAAAGCUUCGGUGUCUUCUACGCGGGAAAAAAGAGUUUCCUGUGAGAACUGAUAAGCAUGUAACCUUUAAUAUUAAAGGGCGGUGUGAUCUUGAUCAAGACUUGAAUCAGAAGAACCCUAAAGGAGCUGCAGAAUUUGCCUGGAACAUUAUGAAUUUUAAGGAAGAUCAAGAUGUACGGAUCAAAGUUGGCUACGAAAUGUUUGGAAAGGUUCCUUAUCUGCAGAUUAGAGAAAACAACUGGACUCUCAACGCAAACAUGAAGGGAAAAUGGAACUUGCGGUAUGACCUGUAACUGCGUUUAGUUUUUUCAUCAUCAUCAUCAUUUGAGAAAUGUAUUUGAUACCACUACCAAUGAACACAUUUUAAUUCUAUCAAUUAAUUCAAAUUCAGAAAUCUUCCAGAUCA